AGUACCUCAGUAAAGAGGGAACUUUGUGUAGGCUGUGCAAUUAGUUCCUAGCUCGUCACUGGUGAUAUGAUCUAAACUGUGCAGUUUGCAGAGAGAUUUGGCCUGUUUUGCCCUUGUCUUUUUGCAAUGGGAGCUGGGGAGGUGCUUUCCCAGCAUUGUAUCCGGGUCGCUGCUGGUUUGAUCGCAAUGAGCCUGGAGACCGGGGAGUCUGAGCAGCGCCCUGCCCGGGACGUGUACUCUCUGCCCAUCAAAUUCGUGCUGACCGCCUGCGCCGCGGCUGUGGCUGAGACAGUGACCUUUCCAUUUGAUUUGACUAAAACAAGACUUCAGAUCCAAGGAGAAUCCGCUGCCCAUCAUUUUAGAGGUGGUAAAAGAGUAACGCCUAAACGGGGAAUGAUUCAAACGGCAGCUGGAAUAGUGAAGGAAGAGGGCCUGUUCAAACUCUGGAAUGGUGUUACUCCUGCCAUCUACAGACAUAUAGUGUAUUCAGGAGUAAGGAUGGUUGCCUAUGAGCAACUCCGUGAUUCUGUACUUCACAAGGAUGAAGAUGGCUAUUUCCCACUGUGGAAAGCUGUGGUAGGAGGAAUGCUGUCUGGUACUAUUGGUCAAUUUUUUGCAAGCCCAACUGAUCUGGUCAAAGUCCAGAUGCAGAUGGAAGGGAGGCGAAGGCUUGAAGGAAAACCACCGAGAGUUCAUGGCGUCUCCCAUGCUUUUAAGAAAAUUCUUUCAGAAGGUGGAAUCCGAGGUCUGUGGGCUGGAUGGGUUCCAAAUGUACAGAGAGCUGCACUAGUGAGUCUGGGAGAUCUAACAACGUAUGAUACAGUGAAACACUUCUUACUACGACACACAACUCUGAAAGACAACAGCUUAUGCCAUGCCUUAUCAAGCAUUUGUUCAGGAUUUGUUGCUGCCACCAUGGGAACCCCUGCUGAUGUCAUUAAAACCAGAAUCAUGAAUCAGACAAGAGAUAAACAAGGAAGGCAAGGGUUUACUAUACACAUCCACAAUGGAUUGUCUGAUGCAGACAGUAAAGAAAGAAGGAUUGAUGUCAUUGUAUAAAGGAUUUCUGCCGACCUGGGCAAGGAUGGCACCUUGGUCAUUGACAUUCUGGCUCACGUUUGAACAAAUCAGAAAAAUCACAGGCCUCAAUUCAUUUUGACACCAUUGCAGAGCAGAUUGUGAUUUAACUUCUGUGAAGUUCCCUUUGAGGACUGUAUCAUCGAGCACCAUGCAGCUUUGGGUAGGCUCGGAAUUAAAAAUGUCCUAUGGAAACCAGUUCAUGGUAGUCAUCCCAGCUCUCAGUUUGGAUGUUGCAGUCAGCAUGAACAUUUAACAGUUAACUUCACUUAAAUUCAGUAUACUUUUGUGUCAGGAAGAUUCAGCUGUAUAUUACUAUAAAUGAUUAAAAUAC